UCAAAUCAUUUGUUUUCGGUAACUUUUCCGAUUGUAUUCAGAGCUGAUAUUGAACUUUAUAUAAAAUUUAUGUUUUUUGCAAUGAUAAUGCUAUUGUACUAAAAAGAUAUAGAUAUUCAAAACUUUGCAUCAUAUCAAUCUUUCAGGUCCUCACAAGAGUAUUGGUUUUAACCAUAAAGAAAGCAAUUUUUAAAAAAUUGGCAUUCUAAAUCCUACAGAAAAUAUUAAAAAUCAAUAUCAGCUUUCAAUCACUUAGUAAAAUGUAUUGUACACACUUCUCAAGUGGAACAACAAAAAGAUAUAUCCAAUCAAAACCGAAACCUUAUUAAUUAUUGUAGAUAUAACCAUUUUAUCUGAACAAGCUAUUCAAAUAAAAUAAAUACAUUCAACAUCAACUGGAUAUCAAAUUAAAUUAGUUUUAUUUCUUUGAAUUUAUUCAGUCUCAGUGCAGCAGUCAUCAUAGAAAGUUUACUAUUCUUAAAUAAAAUUCAUAUUUUAUAUCAAACAAUUAUAAUAUAUAUUAUGGAUUUCCAAUCGGGACUUAGAUAAUUAUUGUGUUCAACAAGAACCAAUUCAGACUAUCACCUUCUACAAAAUUGAAAGUAAAAUGAAAAUGUUUCAUCUGCCAGAAUUAACUAGAAAUAUUAACUGGCGGAAAUAUACUAUAGGUUUCGGCAUGGUUGGUUUUGCAUUGUUACUGAUAUUUGGAAAUUUCAGAAGCCGAAACUACUACGAAACACUUAAAGCUGCUAAAAAAGAAAUGCUUCAAAAUGAGUAAAAUUGCUAAAAUCUUUAAAUAUCUACCAUUUACAUAAUUUUUCAAUUUCACAGUUCUCAAUCUCGACCAUCUCGGUCCAUUCAAUCAUUUACAGAAACCGAACUGGAAUGUAUAUCUGAAAAAUGUGCUGUUACCUGCCAUGGCAACAUGACCCAUCUUAACAACUACCUAUCUCGAGCAAGUUGUACUUUGAUUAUACUUCAUAUAUCCAAAGGGAUAUUUCCUGAAGAUGAACUUCAAAGCAAUUGGUUAGAAGGAUCUUUUUAUCUCAAGUCCAUUCAAAUAUCUUCCAGUAAGCUAAUUGGAAUACACAAUGGCACAUUUAAUCAGCCGGGUGUUGCUUACGUUCAGGAACUAAAGCUAUACGAUGUUGAGAUUUCAACACUUAACGAAAACACAUUCCUAGGCUUGAAAGAUAUUGAAUCAUUUACGUUGGUCAAUAAAGUAGACCAUUUCUCAGGGAAUGCAUUCCUUAAACCUAUGAUGGGAACCUUAAAAAAACUAGUGAUAAAAGAUGGAAGUAAUACUGCCAUCGAUCCUGGACCAUGGCUUCACGGAGAAGGCUUUCCUCAGCUACAGACAAUCGUUUUUGAUGGAAGCAAUUUCGGAGAAUACAUUAAUGCGGAUACUUUCAAUCAUUUAAAACAACUUUCAACAUUAAAAUUGAAUUCAUGCAAUAUUUCCAGAAUAGCUGACGGAAGCUUUGACUUUGUUAUGAAUCAGACGGCUAUUUUAGUCAGCUUGCAAGAUAAUCAGUUGAAAAGACUUGCAGGCGAAUAUUUAUCAACGAUCAAUUUUCAGCGACGUUUCAAUCUCCAUAAUAAUCCUUGGGAUUGUACAUGUAAGUUAGAACAUCUUUCGAGAGUUUUCAAAAAUUGUCCUGAAUGCUUUGGAGAAAAUUCAAAAUGCAGUACGCCACCACAACUGGCUGGAAAGCUACUCGAUCAGGUUAACUUAAACAGAUGUGAAGAUGAAACUCCAAUUCCCUUAGAAACAACAACACUACAAUCGAGUAGUACGACUUCCUCACCUCAAGUUACAACUUUAUCAGCAAAUUCAAUAAUUAUAGAGUGCGCAAAGCACGAACUUCGAUCUACGAAUUAUCCUUCAAGCUCCAUUGAACUCUCGCCUCCAGAUGGGCACUUUAAAAUCACUCCAAUCAGUGAAACUAGUGUAAGGCUGGUCUUUGAAGAUCCUUCCGAUGAUCUUGCUGUCAUCUGGUUUAAAGAACAAACGAGUUUAGACGAAUAUGGCGCGAGUAUUGGGCUAAUAGGAGAUCUUGGUGUAGCCUGUCAGAACGAACUUCAUGUAUCGUUGCUUGUUGAAGAACUCAUUGUUAACCAAUCCUAUACUUUCUGUCUCAUCAAAAAUGGCACACAACUUGUAUCACCAUUUAACUGCAAGUCUUACUUCAGUGCUGUGAAUGGAAAUGACGGGGGAAAUGAUAUAACUUGGUUAAGAACAAAAGACAAGCCAAUGGCAAUUGGUAUCUUCGUUGGAAGCAUUGUGGUUUCAAUUUUUCUUGGUAUGAUCGGGAUGUUUUUCUUAAUUCGAUAUAACCCAUGGUUACUAAGAUCCAGCAAGCAGAUUGAAGUCGAAGACAGUGGAUAUUAUCAAAUGAAUACGAAAAAUCCUCUAAAGGAGCCAUCAGUUGAAAAUAGUCUUAAAGCACCAACAGCUCCUAUCAGACGGUUUUCAUCUGAUAGUGGUUUAAGUUAUAUGAUGGCUAAUAACUAUGAAGAGAUGGAAUUCUAUAGAAGGACAAAUGUAAGUUUGGUAUUUCCAAAUCGAGUGCCAAAAAGUCCAGCCCCACCUUUACCAAAAAGAACAAAUAACAUUGAAGAUAUGAAAAUACAAACACUUGAAAAUAAGGAUGUUAUUUAUGAAAAAGAUAAUGACGAUGGAUACACCAGUGUUGUUUAAGAAGACUCACAAGAUCAUGGUGUUCUUCUAUUAAAAUGCAAUAAGUUGUGAAGAUUUCAAACCUUUUAAAUUCUUCUUAGAUUAUCUGUCUUAUUCGCGUAACUCUGUUAAUUUGCUUUCCCACAACUAAAUUCUUAAACAGUCUUCGCUACAAAAUUAAAAACGACCAAAAAUAUAUAAUUUAAAAUACUUAAGUAGCUAUUAAAUAACUAAAAUAUUAAACUUAUGUCUAAAUUUAACAUACAAAGUUGAUUAUUUAUUUACUGAAAUGCAUUA